GAGACGGCGUGGUCCCCACGCAUCUGCUGUAGUGGAGCUCAAGCUGCUGGGAGCGUCCGGGAUGAGCGCCGUGGAGGCCGACCGCUGGGCGUGGCUGCUGGUACUCAGCUUUGUGUUUGGGUGCAAUGUCCUCAGGAUCCUCCUCCCGUCCUUCUCCUCCUUCAUGUCCAGGGUGCUGCAGAAGGAUGCGGAGCAGGAGUCUCAGAUGAGAGCAGAGAUCCAGGACAUGAAGCAGGAGCUCUCCACCGUCAACAUGAUGGACGAGUUUGCCAGAUACGCCAGGCUGGAAAGAAAGAUCAACAAGAUGACAGAUAAGCUCAAAACUCAUGUGAAAGCACGGACCGCUCAGCUGGCCAAGAUAAAAUGGGUUAUAAGCGUUGCUUUCUACAUAUUGCAAGCCGCCCUGAUGGUCUCCCUCAUCUGGAAGUACUACUCUGUUCCUGUGGCCGUGGUGCCAAGUAAGUGGAUAACGCCGCUGGACCGCCUGGUCGCAUUUCCCACUAGAGUCGCAGGUGGUGUUGGAAUUACCUGCUGGAUUUUAGUCUGUAACAAAGUUGUGGCUAUUGUGCUUCACCCUUUCAGCUGAAAAAGAAGAUGAAUACAGCUCUGACACUUUUAAAAAUGAAUUUUCACUUAAGUUAAAAAUCUGACUUAUACUGACUUUUAUUCUUGUUUUUUAAAAAACAGAGGAGAACCUACUUGUUCUUGGACUUUACAUGCAAUUCUUAUAAGAUUUACGAUUAGUACAUUUGUCAUUGAGCCAGAGACGUCUGUCUGUCAUACCUGUGUACUGGCCAGUAUUGUAGCAGAUUAGUGAUAAGAAAUAUGUGACUUUAUGGGCAGCUACAUGUUGUUGCUCAUGAUUUACACUCUUGGCAUAUUUUAAAAGUCACAUUACCAAUUGGAAGGUCACAGUUUUCUGAUAAGUACCUUAAAGACUUCAUACUAUUUUUAAUCCAGCAAUAUUAGAAAACAAUUUAAUAUUGCUACUAGAAUUUGAAACUUUGUUUUUAAAGCUCAUGCAGUACUACUACAAGAUAACACUACCUGGCACUGCGUGUGCUUUUCUUUGUUUGAAAUGUCACUUGUUGAGCAACCCUUUGUAGAGUAUUAUCUACUUAUUUGAAGCUGUUAAUUUUUCAUUUCUGAGUUUUGUAAAUGUAUUCAUGAGACCAUAAUGCGUUGUUUUGUGCUUGAAUUAUGUGUUUUAUACUUAAAGCAUUUCAAAUGAAGUGUAUUUUAUAGGCAUUUAAUAUUAAUGCUCCAUGAAAUGGAACAAAGUUAAAAAACAAGAUAGGAAACCUGAUUAAUUUAAGUGGAUGCAUGUUUGGCCCAUAAAGUAUAAUUCUGCUAAAUAUUUUUUAAAACACUUUUUUCCUAAUUAAAAUCUUUGCAAGUGCUUGUGUGACUUCCUUCCAAAUAAGUGACAACCACUUAUUUGCUAUGGCCAAUCUGUAGCUAACAAGUGGCAGAGGGUUUUAACUGUUGACUAAGUGGGCCACAUAGCACCUUAACGCUGGAUUCCAUCACUAGUUUUGAAAAGAUCAUAUUUGCAUUCCUGUUUUCCUUAAUGAUCCAAUAAGGAGCUCAUCAUGAUUUUUGCUAAUUGUAACAUGAAAUGACAAAGUGCUGUGUUACUUUAGCAUAUUGUCACCAGAGCGGGUUUCAGGUUCUCCUGGUCAUUCAUACCCGCCUGUCAGCAAGUUGACGUGGCUUUAAGAGCAAGGAACACAGCUGUAUUUCUAACAGAUGGCAUCGUGAGGACUCCGACACCAGCUUCCACUGUGUUAGUCACCACACAGGGUACACUCUGGCCACAAGGAUGAGAAGCCAACUUGAGGAAGAGACGGUUGCAGCACAAGGAAGUUGCGGGGUCUGUGGUCCCUUAGAGGUCACAGUCUGGUGCCCGUUCGUCAUGGGCUGCUAGCAUCAAGGACGGGUUCUACAGUCAGCAGUCGGGUGGCAGCUGCAUGUGCCCAGGGACGUCCUUGGAACACUGAUCGGUGUAGUUACCCCGACAAGACCCUUAUUUACCUCCGAAGGAUAUGUUCUUUCAGUUAAUACAUCAGUUCUGACAACUCUCACUAAGGCUGGAGGAAAAGAUUUCCAGUUCACGCCUGUGAACGCUUUGCUUCCCACAUAUAUCAAUAGUCAAUGCAGAUCGAGUGGGGACAUUUAAAUGUUCGUCCUGUUUCACAUCAUUGUGGGUUUUCGAAAACUGUUUGUUUUUAAAUAGAUAAUAAACAUGAGACUGAAUUUAAAAGAUACAGAAAGGAAUACAUUGCAAAGUAUAUCUUCUGACCCCUUC